GGAAAGUAGGUUUGCACACCAGUGUGUAUGCCAAGUGCUGCGUGCGUCACUAAACAUGACACUGUUGGACAAUGAAGGGAAGAGAACCAGAGGAGGAAACUGAACCUGUGAUUAGCAGGAAGGACAGGAAAGUGACUGAUAGCACCCAGUAACUAACUUUUAACGAAACUAGUCUAGGUUUUUCCAUUUUCCUUGGAAUACCUUUUUAGUUUUGUGCUCAAAGUCUUUGGGCCUGACAUGAGCUGCAUUCCUGCCUCACAUAGUCAAGUUGAAUCUCAGAUGGAGGAGUGUCCAGUUCAGAGGAGAGGAAGCAGAGCCUAUCAGAUCUUCCCUGAAGCCAACAUGAAUGAAGAGUCAGAUUAUCCUGAAGACUUUGUUUAUAGGAGGGAGCGUCUUCCCUCUAUUGUUGUGGAGCCCACAGACCACAGUGAACAGGAGAGUGGGGAACUGCGCUGGCCUUUGGGAUGUCCUAUGGGCAGCAAUGUGGAGGAAGAACUUGAUGACAACAGAAGUGCUGAUCAAAUGACAGAGAGCUCUGUGGAUGGACAGCAGCAGGAGGACAAGGAAGAAAGCUCCGUUGCCAGGAAGUCUUCUAUUGGCCCAUCCCAGACUCAACUGUCUCUCAUCCGGCUCACUCCGCCCACCUCGCCCACCACCCCUGAUGCUGCCCCACCAUGCCUGAGGAACUGAAGCAGUACAAGCAUUAAAAUAUACUGUGUGUAACGUUUUUCAUGGAUUUCUGUUAUUGUUGAGUAAUAUUUUACUACCUUGUUAAAUAAAUUAAGAAAAUUAUAAAAAAUUAUUUUAUAACCACAGUACUUUUAUCCUUCUUGGAUUGCGAAGAAAUGCCAAAUUUUCACAUACAUUGUCUGAUUUUGGUCAGAAUUCAAAAUUCAAAAUUUCAUUAUUAAAGUAUAUGCUGUUACGACGAGUCCUUUGCUACUAAAAAAUAAAAUAAUUGAAU